UUUGGCUUGACGAAGACGGGCAAGUGGAUGUAACCAGGCAGAGACUCGGCGGAUCCGCGCGAGAUGAGGCUCGCCCUACGUGACAUGACGGUCCAGGCUUCUGAUAGGAAGCUUUGCGAACGACAUGGCCGAAGUGCGCAGCGGUCGUUGCUCCUGCGAACGCCGCACGGUCUUUGCACGUCAAGCGCCGAUUGUAUCUUGACAACUCGGUCAUGAGUGCUUAUCGAGCCGACCCUCCUCGAUGGAGCAAGACACGACGUUUAUGUAGCAAUUGGUUAGGAUACUAAUGUCGCCAGUGUACGUGGGAGGUGCAAAGCAGCUCGCCGUAAACAGCGCCCGAAACGCAUGACAAGCUUGGCGCUCGUUUGUCCGUCCUCUCGGGCGUCUUGCGCUCCAUGGCAGCGUGUGCUACGAGCCGAGCGAGCUGCUCGCACAAGCUCGUUUCGCGCUGCGUCCUCUGAAAGGGAUCGCAAGAAUACCACUGUGUGCGAUCUCGCCGGAAGCCAACGACGCCGAGUGUCCUUGCAUCCAGUAGUCAAUAUCCGCUCUCUCGACGACAAUGGACCUCUUGCUGGGCCACUACAUCCUUCUGGCGCUCGCAGUCUACGCGCUCGUCGCCAUCGCCCGCUGGCUGCAUCACAAGCGCACCAUGGUCUCGGCGCUUUCCCGACUGCCCGGUCCGCCGAGCAGCCUCUUUCUCGGCAACUUGGCCCAGAUCGCCGGCCAUGUGCACGAGCUCUACGACUGGAAGCUGCGGCAAACGAUAGCGUACGGCGCCACGUACUGCUUGCGCGUCGACGUCCUCACGAACGGGUCGAUCUUUACGUCGUCGGCCGCGAACCUCGAGCAUAUUUUAAGCAAGCGACACGCCAACUACAUCAAACCACUGCUCAUGGAAACCGUCUUGCACGAGCUACUCGGCAGCAGCAUCUUCAACAUCAACGAGUGUCACCCGAGUUGGCGCUUCCAGCGUAAGCUCAUCGCAUCGCUCUUUUCGGUGAACGCGCUCAAGGCGUGGACGUCGACCACGUACACCAAGCACCUCGGCCCUCUUCUGCAAACCAUCGACGCUGAGAAGAGCGUGGACCUCGCGCCGCUCGUGCUCUCCUGGACGACGCACUGCAUCUACGAAAUGGCGUUUGGCGCGACGCUGGACGCCGACGACAUGCGCGUCAUGCACGACCUUGUCCACGAGGCCGCCGAGCUCAUCUUCUAUCGCUUCACGCACCCGUGGUACCUCUUGUUUCAGUGGUGCAUGCCCAGCGAGUUCCGCCUCCACGCCGUCAUUGCGCGCAUCAACGCGCUCUGCUACAAGACGAUCGCACACGCCCGGUCAUCGACGAUGCACGCUUCGACCACCGUCCUCGCCGAGCUCUUGCGCCGCCAAGCGACCGAUGCGAGCAUCACGGACGUCAUCAUUCGCGACAUGAUGAUGGGCAUGUUCCUCGCGGGCAGGGAAUCCGUCGGCAGCAGCAUCCUCUGGGCGCUCUACUGCGUCGCGAAGCACCCACACGUCGAAGCCGCCCUCGUCACGGAGCUUGGGGAUAUCAUUAUUUCGUACGAGUCGAUUGGCGCGUGCGGGUACUUGGACGCAGUCGUCCGGGAGACGCUGCGGCUCUUCCCGCCCGUGCCCAUUGAGCUCAAGUGCGCGGUCGCCGACGACGUGCUUCCGGACGGCACGUUUGUCCCCCAAGGCGCGAUGCUAGAGUACUCGGCGUACGUCAUGGGCCGCGAUCCAAGUCGAUGGGUGGACGCCGAUCAGUUUCGACCCGAGCGCUGGCUGCACAUGGCCACGCGCCCGACCGCGUACGAGCUCCCGACCUUCAACGCGGGCGUGCGCUCGUGCGUCGGCCAGCAAGCGGCGCUGCUGCAGACCAAGCUCGUGGUGGCCACCGUCGUACAGCGCUACCACCUCGACGUGCUUUCGCCCAAGAGCGACGACGAGGGUCCCAUGUACGCCUUGGGUCUCGCACUGCUUCCGCGUGGCGGCCUCCACGUCCGCGCCCGAGCGCGCUAAGAUAUAGCAGUUUGCUACAAUAUUGUCGUUCGAGUCAACCGCUGCAGACGGCAACUACAAUAUAACUCAUCUGUGUGCGCGU